CGUGGUGACGUCAGAGGGUUCCUGCGUUCGAGCUGCUGCCUGGAAACGGGAGGCCGGAGGCGGAUAAUUACCGAGAGGGACCUCCCUGACCGAGGAUACAAGAUAAGAAAAGGAAAAACUGUAUGGAGCAAGAACAGGACAAGAGCAAACCACGGUCAAAGAGACCAGACAAAGCUCUGUACAUUCCCAGAGCACGGCGGCACUUGAGCACAGAGCAGCAGCUAAGCUGUGAUCCCAAACUAGAGGUAGAAGCCCAAAAGGUACUCACAAGUACGGUAAUUGCAGCAGAAGAGACCGAGAAAAGUACUACCGUAAAGGUAUUUCCUUACAAUAACUUGGGAAUGCCCCAUGAGUGGAUUCACACACAAAGCAACUUACCUCAUAAGGAAGAAAGCCAAGGAGAGCACACAAACAAAGAUUUUAAAAAGAGGCAAUCUGUGCACUCUGUCCGAGAAAGGAAGUCAAGUGAAGGAAACAGAUUGGAAUCAAAGCACUUAAAAGGAAAGAAGGCGACCCAGCAGAAGUGUAGGGCAGGGUCAAAGAGUAGUAAAUUGCACCACAGAGAGAAAGAACUGAUGCAUAAAGAAGCAGUGUCACAAAAAUGUAAUAAUAUUGAUGUAGCAGCAAAUGGUUUACUUGAAGUUACCAGCUCAAUUGCUGAGAGUAAUGGAGAAGGAAUGAAAUCCAGUCACACAGAAAUCCAAACCCCUGCACAACAGAUUACCGCAAAUAUGUCUAGUGAUGAACAGUCAGAACACAGAAAUAAUGACCGACACAAUAAUGCAGAUUCUGUCGCAAGCGAGCAUGAGACUGAUGUAAACAAAUCUUUCCAUCUAAAAGCUGCCUCUGGUGUGAGCAGAAGUUGUGAUUCUGACAAUUUUCUUAAGCCAAGUGAGCUGGUAUCCUCUAAAUUAGCCAUCUGUAAAUGCUCAGAUGCUGUGAAACAAAAUGUAUUAGAAUGCUCAGAAGGUGUAAAAGAGGCACAGCAGAUGGAAAGGAGCAGUAGACAAUAUUCAUGCACUGGAGCUACUGAAGUAGACAGUUCUUACAAGAUAUUUGCUGUGAACAAUGCAACAGAGCAUGAAACUAGGAUAGAUAAUGACUCUUUCUCUCAGGGAACUGAGAUUAUGUUUCUAAAUGAGAACAGUGUUAGUUUACCCACCACUUCAUCUGGAAAUGUAGUCUUCUCAGAUUCUCCAAGUUUCAAAUUUGUUGCUCUUUCAACCAUACAAGAAGUGCAGCAAGGAACGGAAAAGUCUGCAUCUUUAAUAGAAAGAGACAACACUGCAAUCAACCUGACAGACAGCAAACCUGUCAGCAUGGAGCAGGAGGCUGAAUUCGGUGUUGCUUUGCAAGGUGUCAACCAAAUCUCACUGGCUUCAGAUCAACUAAAUACUGAUACAGAAGAAACUGAGUGUAUUAAAGCAGCUGUUCCUGAAGAACCAGAGGAUGACACUUGGGAUGCCCUUUUCAAUGACGAUGGAGAUUGCUUGGACCCUCAUUUCCUCGACGAGCUAACUGCUAAUAGGAAGCCCAAGAAGAAUAUUCAGGAUCCUUGUUUCAACUAUUCCAACUACCAGCCAGCGGAAACAGACAUUGAUGAUUCGGAAUUUUCACACAUUGUCGAGAUCUAUGAUUUUCCUGCAGGAUUUAAGACUGAGGAUUUGCUGCAAGCUUUCUCCAUUUAUCAGAAGAAAGGAUUCGAUAUCAAAUGGGUGGAUGACACACACGCUUUAGGCUUGUUUUCAAGUGCAAUUGCAGGUGGUUAUUUCAAUGCACACUAA